CUAGCAGCCGCUCUUGUCCUCUGGGUACGGCUCGCGGGAGUGUUGGUUACCAUGGUGAAGCUGGCAGCCAAAUGCAUCCUGGCAGAGCUGGGAUUUCACCAUGUUGGCCAGACUGGUCUCGAACUCCUGACUUCAGGUGAUCCACCCACCUCGGCCUCCCAAAGUGCUGGGAUUACAGGCAUGAGCCACUGUGCCUGGCCAGAUACUCACCGAGCACCUACUACGUCAGAGUCACCGUGCAAGAUGCAGUGGGCCUGCAAGCAUGAAUCAGUUGCACUCAAGGAAGAACUAAGUUCUAACACAGUGAACACAAAGCAAAUGCCCUUUGUGUGCCAAAUGCGGGGAAAUGCCUCCAGGCACAGCUGCUACUUGUUCUGUUUCUGGAGAAGAAAGAAAACAACAUUUGACAUUGAUCUGUAUUUGGUUUACCUUUUAAAAAAUACUUAAAUAGUACUUAUAUAUGCCAGGCACUGUACAUAUUAACUCAUUAAAUCCUCAUAACAAUUCUGCAAGGUAGGUGCUAUGAUUAUCUUACGUUAUACAUGUUGCAACUGAGGCACAGAGAGGUUAAGUAACUGAUUUAAACUCACACAGCUAGAAAGUGAUGGAGCUGGAGUCUGGCCCCAGAGUCUGUGCCCUUAAGUACCAUAAUAUUCUGCCUCUUGAUAUACACGGAGAUGGUAAUAGAGCCUCCUGGGAGGGUUGCUGUGACAUCACAUCUUGCACUACCACUGAGCAACGACCCACAUUAGCCACACAGAUAAAGAUGAAGGAGGGAGAGAUGGCCUUCAGAGGCUGUGCAGGAAGGGUAUUAUUUGAGCUUUCCUUGCAGAGAAUGGACAGGAUUUGAAUUUGGUCUAGGGGUACCUGGAAGGAGGUGGCCUUGAGGAAUUUUCAGGGACUGGGAGAACAGGAAUGCAGAGCCCAGAUUUGGGGUAAGGGAUUAUUGGGGAGAGAGUGGGAAGGUGGGUUAGGGCUGACCGUGGAGAUGGGUAGGCUAUGAAGGAAUCCUCAGUGGGGUUUGUGUGAAGGUUUGCCGAAAUGGAGGCACUGUAUUAUGAGGGUCCAACUCUUGAUGCCACACUCUGGGCAGAUUAGAGCCGGGAGAAAACAGAGAAAAGAAGUGUUCAAGGCCCAGUCAGGAAGACAGAAAAUGCAGUCGUCAUUUCAGCAGAGAAAUUUUAAUGUAUGGAAUUGCUUCAUCAAGUGUUGGAGAACUGAGGAAGCAAGAAGGCAGCAUUGAGAUGACACAGAGUGGCGGGCAGAGGUCGGAGGUGUCACAAGCUUGAAGAGCCCCAGGGAGCUGGGAUCCGGACCCCUGAGGAAGGGGCCCCACCCGGCUGGUGCCGGCACCUCAGGAGUUCAGUCACCCGCCACGUGACCCCAGCACAUGCCACAGAGCACCAGGACCCAUUUCCCACUGGGAGGAGCCCAGCCCUGUGUUCAGGGCAAGACACACCAAACCAGUUCCAAACCAUCCUGGAGGGUCCGUGUUUUAAGACCACUCCUGGUACCAAGGACUACGUAAGUCAGGGGCCAGGCAAAAACCAGCAACUCUGCUCGGCAUUUCAACAGUGAGGAUUUCAGUAGGAUGUGAAUGACACAGGUGCUAGAGGACUGGAAGAGGAAAAGGGGGAGACUGAGGCAGCACGGGUAGUAACUGCAGGAAGGAGCACUGCCUCUCGAGCUGGGGAAGCAGAGGGAAGCAUGUGGGGCUCUCAGCCCAGAAGCAGGGAGGAGGGGCGCUGGGAGCCAAGGUGUGGAUCUCUGAGAAGAGGGCACUGACCGCUGGUGCUGGUUCCUCUGGGGGCAGCAAUAAGCUGGUCUGGGAGUAGGGAAACACACACACACACACACACACACACACACACACACACACACACACCCAAGACAGGAAGCAGUACACACACACACACACACACACACACACACACACACCCCCAAGACAGGAAGCAGUUAGUGCUGCUGGGGUGCAGGCCAUUGCUAGGGUAGUACUAAGAAAAAGGAGAAGCAGGUGGGAAGAGCAGUGUCCUCUCCCCCGACACCAGCCUUCCCUUCUUCUUCCAGAACUCCCAUUGGCAGAGCCUAACAGGAAGCUCCUAGCAAGGGAGAAACGUGUCUGCAGAGGCCCCUCCCCAGCACACUGUGGAAGGAUGGGCUUGGGGCUGAGAUAGAAACCCAGCAGUGAGGUCUGAGCUAACUGGGGCGGGGUCAGCAGGGAGGGCCGAGCAGAGGUGGGCUGAGACUCAGCCAAGGAUGUAAGGAGUGCAAGGGAGGCCGCCUGGAGACGGGAGGAAGGAGGAGGAGAAGUCAGAGGUGACCCGUUGAAUCUGGGGACUAUGAAAACACACGGUGGCAUCACAAACAGAAAGUUUGGGUGAUGGGGGCAGCCCACUCAGGACCAGGGCAUGACAGAGUUUGGCUGUAGACAGACUGAGGUUGGAGGAAGGUCCUUCAUUCUAGUGGCAACACACAUGGGUUUUUAGAUAUACAGACAAAGCUUGGGAGGGAGCUCCUGCCUUCUGUCAAGGUGACGAGAGUCAGUGGGAUGGAGUGGACUGGGAGCAGAGCGCCACCGAUGACAGGCCCAUGGGAAUGACCACACUCGGGGGGCAGAGGUGCAGGCAGAUGGCAGGAGAACCAGGCCAGGGCAGGGUCACUGAGGCCACGGGGACAGGACUCGGGAAGGAAGGGGUCACUUCAGGCUGACUCACAUCCUUCAGAGACGUCAAGGAGGAUGAGAACCAAGAAAAGGCCAUCAGCCUUGGCAACUGUGAGGUCACAGGUGACCUUGCAUCAUGCCCUUGCAGACGUCAUCCUCUCUGUCUUGCAGCGCCCUGCCUGCUGUCACCCCCAGGCCCAGCUCUUACCCCUAGGGAAGCCUCCCUCCCCAAUGAAGCCUCUCAUUCAUUUCUUUCCUGGAUGCUCCCCAGAUGCCUUGCUUCUCAGUUUGUGCUGUUUGAAUUUGCACUUGUCAUCCUGUUGCUCUGCAAAUGUGUUUAUCUGUUAUUUCACCUCCCUGUGCUUCUGAGCCCUCAUAGCCAACACAGGCAGCUUCUUGUAAGUGUUGGUGACUCUGACUGACAGUCAGAGGAAAGAUUUAUGAAAUUAACCAGAACAAAUCUGUGGGGAAUCUCAUAAGCAGGAGGAGCCGACUUCCAGCUGGAUUCAGGAGGACAGCUGGAGUCGGGAGGGCGGGCGCAGUCAGGGCCCAAGGAAGGAAAGUGAUGCGCUCUGUUUGCUCCGAGAUGGAUGGGUACCCUGUGACAGUCUAGGCUGUGGUUGCCCCAGAUGUCAUGGAAGGCUGUGGUGAGGAGGUCCUGGAGGGGCAGCAUUAAAAAUGGGUCAGAACUCACGCCUGUAAUCCCAGCAGUUUGGGAGGCAGAGGCAGGCAGAUCACCUGAGAUCAAGAGUUUGUGAUCAGGCUGGCCAACUGAAACCCUGUCUCUACUAAAAAUACAAAAAUUAGCUGGGCAUGGUGGCGCGCACCUGUAGUCCCAGCUACUCGGGAGGCUAAGACAGGAGAAUCACUUGAACCCAGGAGGCGGAGGUUGCAGUGAGCCUAGAUCUCACCACUGUACUUCAGCCUGCAUGACAGAGACUCCGUCUCAAAACAAGAAAAGUGUCAGAAGUGGUCCCUGAGCUCUAGGAGAGGAGCAGGGCCUGGGAAGAGCAUGAGGUUGGAAUCCUGGGCGAGUUAUCCAGCCUCUCUGAGCCUCAGUCUCUUCAUCUGUCAGGUGAGAUUAAUGAUACCUUGGCGGGGAAGGAAUGAAUGGGAUUGUGUGAACAGGCCCAUGAGGGGGCUCAGCACAUAUUGGUUCCCUUCUAAGGAGUGAUGACAAAUAGAAAAGCAGGACCUGAAUAGCUCACUCAAACCUGGAGGAGUUCACAUAAAAUGAAAUGCCACAAGCAUUGAAAUAAUUGUCUUACAAGAGAAAAUUAUAGGUGGGAAAAGUCAAAACUGAAAAGUGAACAGUGGCAGACUGUUGAGCAGUCGAGGAAAGAAGUGUUGAAGCCGACUGUAAAAUGGGAAGCAAAGGUGAAGAGAUGGUACCAAGUGAUGUGAGUUGGAAGCCGCGGAGUGCGGUGUUGAUUUUGCUAAGGAUCCAGAGGAUGAGAAGCAGAAAGCACAUGUUCUGCCAGGGCCUGGACGGUGGAGUGCAAGUCCAUGUAAGACUCAGGAGGAAAAGAGUUUGCAAAUGGAAACAAUCAGCAUCAAAGGAGGCUCAGCAGAGCCUUGAGAGGGAAAAUGGGGAGGGCAAAGGGAAUUAAAGAUGGGCAGGGAGAGCUUCCAGCACCCGUGACGGGCACAGGAGGAGUGCUCGAUUAAAUGGCUCCCAGCAGUUUUGUGAAAGGCUCAGGUCUCAGACUGAAAACUGCGACAUAAACCUUUAGUUCUGAGGGACCAGUUUCUGGGGCUGUUGACCAGCAGAGGAGAGGGAGAUGAAGCCAGUAGGUGAGAGACGAGCUUGGAGGAGGUGACUGCUAUUGUGGAUAGAAUUGGUGGAGAGGCCCCUGGGAAGAUGAAUCCUCGGGUCACAGACAGGUAUUCUGCGAUGGAGACAGAGCACAGCAUUUGGAAAGAGAUUUCAGAAUGACGAACGUAGCCUCAGACUUCUUGCUUUCCACAAAUGCAGAGACCCUUCCACCCCCGACCCCCCCACACAAAAAAGUAUUCAGGUGGAAGCUGUCAACCCAGAUUGGGUCAGUUGGACAGGUGAGUCUGCCUGUCAGUGCCAGUCACAAUUCUUUACCUUCAAGACUUCAAAGUAAAUUCCAGUUUGGAAGUGACAGCUUUUUCCCAUAGGGCAUGUUUCAGUGGAAGAGCGUCAGUUCCGUUUCCAGGGCCCCAAAGCCCCCCGUAAGCUCUGUUACCUUCUGGGUCAGUUCCCAUGGAUAAAAGGCUUAGCCGUGCAGAAAUGUGCUCUGGCUGUUGUGAGGUUUGCAGAUCAGUCUCAUGGACCUGUGCCCUGCCCGCGGCCUCAGAACAAGUUCCCGUGAGAGGAGACCCAGCAGUGGGCAAGACCGCCCUGGCACAGAUCUUCCGCAGUGACGGAGCCCAUUUCCAGAAAAGCUACACCCUGACAACAGGAAUGGAUUUGGUGGUGAAGACAGUGCCAGUUCCUGACACGGGAGACAGUGUGGAACUCUUCAUUUUUGACUCUCCUGGCAAGGAACUGUUUUCGGAAAUGCUGGAUAAACUGUGGGAGAGUCCCAAUGUCUUAUGUCUCGUCUAUGAUGUGACCAAUGAACAAUCCUUCAACAACUGCAGCAAGUGGCUGGAGAAGGCUCGGUCACAGGCUCCAGGCAUCUCUCUCCCAGGUGUUUUAGUUGGGAACAAGACAGACCUGGCCGGCAGACGAGCAGUGGACUCAGCUGAGGCCCGGGCAUGGGCGCUGGGCCAGGGCCUGGAAUGUUUUGAAACAUCCGUGAAAGAGAUGGAAAACUUCGAAGCCCCUUUCCACUGCCUGGCCAAGCAGUUCCACCAACUGUACCAGGAGAAGGUGGAGGUUUUCCGGGCGCUGGCAUGAAAAGCUGGAGCAGAUCGUGCCGCACAACUGGAGGAGACAGAAUUACCUCUGCACUUUUAAUAUAUAAUGAUGGCUUUAAAUAAAAUUAGGAGAAAAUGUUGAAGCAGC